UGCAACGCUGUCCAUCGCCAACUGCACCAGAGGAUCUCAUUUGAUAUUUGGACCUGUGGCAGCAGUAACAGCCCUCCGUAUUGCUCAGAUUGAGACUCAGACACGGAUUGCUCUUCAGCAGCUUGCUUUACUGGCAUCUAUCCUCUCUGGGAAUCAUUGUUGCAACAACGAACUUUCAAGAGUUGUGUCUACUCACCUCGCCCUUCUCGGCCUUCUAAAUAGACAACAAGUGGCAGUUGUGGGGUUAAACCCCACCACGAACUCUAAAGCUUCAACAGUUUCACAGCAUCAUCUAUUUGCAACCAUGUAUCACCAGCGACCCCAGCAACCAGGGUCACAACGGUUUCCCAAUGCACCCAGGCCUCCUCUUCUCCCGACUCCUCCAAAUCAACAUACAAAUUGCUCAAAUGUGCAACGAAUGACUUUUCCGUUUCCUCGUCCCACCCAACUUCCUGAUGAGCUGGAGUCAGCUCUGUCUAUCCGGGGCACAAGGGACAUGGACCACCGUCAAAUGGAUCACAUGAAUCAACCUAACCACAACCCAAGUCCUACGGUUGGUCAACACGGAGGCUUUGGUUCUAACCCAGCAUCACUCUCACUGUCAACAGAAAACAAGUCUGGUCAUCAACAGGGAAUAAACUGGUCAAACUAUCCACCUCCAAAAAAACUGUUUGCAAAUCCCCCACCUGGUGUCAGCCUUCAAGGAACACAGCAGCAGACUCAAAAUCGUCAGCCUCACGGUGGUGGAGGCGGAGGUGAUGGUCAAAAUGUGUACACACCAGAAAGUGCUGGCAGCAUCUUGGCCAGUUUUGGACUUUCAAACGAGGAUUUAGAGGUGUUGAGCCACUACCCCGACGAUCAAUUAACCCCAGACACUCUGCCGUUCAUUCUAAGGGACAUCCAGAUCAACAAGUCUGGCCAGCAGAAAAAUGUUGCUUCCACUUCCUCAACUUCAUUUUCUCACAAAAUCCACGAAAUGCCAACACUUGCUUCUAGCUCCUCACAUCCCCCAGAGGUACCGAGCCUACUUACUGUCACACAGACAGCAGGGAAAGUCAUUGACUAUGGACACGCCAGCAGGGGAAAUGAUGAGAGUACAACCAGAGAGACUUUCAAAAGGGAGCAACUCUCUAGCGAAAGGACUGUUAAAAUGUACCCAACAUCUUCAUCGUCAAAAGUGGAUAAACCCGAAAGAAGGCAAGUUCGUUUGGACCGCAAAGAACCAAACAAGCUUGAAGACAGGGACUAUCGCAGGACAAGCAGUGAGAAACGCAGGAGCAGCCGGUCACCUGGCCGUCAGUAUCCACUGUCACCCAAAUCUCGCAAUUUGGACAGAGACUACAGACAGGACGUGUCAAAACCAAGAACCACAUCAGAAACCAGGAGUGAUUCUGCCUCAAGACACUCUGUGGCCUCGUCAACGGAUUCACGACCGAACAGUAGCAAGAAGUUACCUACUCCAACCAUGAUUAGUGAUUUUUCAGCCAUUCCUCCAAAGGUGUAUCCCCAUACCUGCUCCCUGUGCCACGAACAGUGUGAUGAGGAAAAGGACUGGGUUGACCAUGUAAACACUGUCAACCACACCUCUGCCUGCAGAGACCUGCGCAACAGGUACCCCGACUGGAAACCCAAUCUACCAAGUCGGAGUGGACGAUACGGCAGUCGUGCUCUGUGGGACCCCAAGGAUGGAUCUCCGUUUCAUUCCUCCUCUCGCUCUCCAAGUCCUCCAUCGAGCAGACGUCGGCUGGAGGCACAUUCCCCCGGACCACGUGGGAGGGCCUACACCUCCCAUCACCACCCAAGGCCUUAUCACUACUCAGAACGAGGUCAUCGGUAUGACCCCCAUCACCAUGGCCCGCACUCUUCCUCCUACGUGCACCGAACGUCCUCCACUUCAUUCAGAGGCUACCAGCCUGACCGGAGGAGCAGGGAGUCGGCAGGGAGUUAUUCUCGCAGUGCAGUGAAACGGCCACAUGAUGAAGACUCCAAUGACAGCCAUCGAAAUCAACCCUCCUCCUCCUCUGCGAGCUCCAAACACGGGUCCUCUAAAAACGUCAAGGAGACGACCAAACCCGUCACCAAAACAACCAAGACGGCGGUGAAACCCCCACCUGCCAAAAAGAAGAAGAAGGUGGUGACUCCAACCACUCAAGACUUCUCCUUUGUGGACCGUCUGGUUUAUCUGACAGGCAUCCCCACCGAUGCCUCCGAGCAGGAAGUCACCGACAUGGUUGGGGCUUUUGGCAAAAUCAAUAACGUGAUCCUCAUGCCGUGCUCAGAGGAGGAGAGUGAGAAGGGACAAGGACAGAAGGCGUCUGUUUGCAUGGUGAAGGCGGAGGAUGCUCUGGCUCUGGCUUCCUCUUCAAAUCUGAGCAUCAGAAACCAGGAAAUCACAGUUUCAGUGGCAAAGAAGCAAGAAGAUGAAGCCUCAUGCGAUUCCAACAGCAAACUCAAUCCUGAAGUGGACCAAAGCACAACCGGGAAGAGCUCGAACUCAGCAGGAGGAGAAGCUGACCAGAAGACAGUGGAGCAGAACUGCAGGGUUUUGUUUUGGGGUCUUCCUGAGAGCGGCUGGUCGAAGGACGACAUCCUGCAGCUCACCCAGCCUUUCGGAACUCCCUCUGACGUAAUCGUGGCAGCAAAUGUCGGAAAGGCAUUGGUGUUCAUGCAGGACGUAGAGGUGGCUGAAGAAAUGGUGAAAGUUCACGGCUUCAAAACUCCAAAGAUCCUCGACUGUGACGUCAAAAUGAGACUUGUCAAGCAGAACAUCAGCCUCAGCACACCAGUGGCUCUUUACAACCUUUUCAUGUCGGCAGCAGAUCCAUCAGAGUGUCCAUCUCUAGUCAGCUGGAACAGCCUGUUGGUGAUCAAGAACGUUCCAGACUCUUCCUCUGGCUCCUCUGAGGUCCUGAAGCUGGUGCGACGCUUCGGCACAGUCAUUAAAACGCUCGUCUUGGACAACAUGAUUAUCUGCGAGAUGGCAACAGCUGCCAUGUCCUUGUCUGUUUACAAGCGCUUCCUGAUGUUCCCGUGCAUGAUCCAGAGCAACCCGCUCUUCUUCUCCCGCAAGCCCGACCCCAGAACCAACACGCAGGCGAAGGCCAUUUCUGUUGGUCCCGAAGCAGCCGAGGAGAAACCUGCAAACGGUGAAGACAGCCAAGCAGCAGCUGCUGAAGAAGAUGCAACAGUUCAUGAAGAGAAUUCAGAUCCUCCGCUGGAGAAGAUGGAAGAAGAUGAAAAGAUAAGAAGCACAGAAGACGAGAGCAAAGAGGAGAAGAUGGAAACAGAUCCUCCUGAGUCUGCAGCCACAGCGGCUUCUGAGGCCCAAGCCGACGCGCUCUCAGAGACCAACCAGACUUCAGCCGAGAAAACAGAAGUGAAGGAAGACAGCAGCACGCCUCAGGUAGACAAAGACCUCCUUCCUAAAGCGGAAGAGCCACAAGCAUCCGGCAGUCACGCCAAACCAGACUGUCAGGAGCCGGCCAUGCCCGAACUUCCUAAGAUGACCCAAGCCAUGGUUGACGCGCUGCUGGUGGAGUGCAAGACGAGACACGCCAGUCGAGCCGGCAGCGCUGAAGUGCCCCCCAGUGGAGAGAAGCAGAAAGCACAAGUGAAGACAGAGGAGAGCACAGAGCAGGCUAAUAAACACCCUGUAAAAGAACAGGCCAAGAAACUGGAAAAGGAGCGAAAAGAACGGGAGGUUAGGAAGGAGAAAGAGAGGGAGGACAGGAAGAGGAGGGGCUCGGAGAAGGAGUUUAAGCAGAAGACGAUGGAGCGCCCUGAGAAAUCACGGGAAAAGAGGGAGAAGAAGGAGGAGGACAGAAGGGAGUGGGAGAGAAGGGAAAGCGACAGGAGGGAGCGGAAGAGAGGCCACAAUGAAUCAGGGUGGAGGUCCUCCCACCGCUCAGAAUCUAACAAGCAGAGCUCCAGAAGAGAUGAUCGUCACAAUACGGCGCCCAAAACCUCAAAGGUGGAGGAAAAGGAGGAGGAGGAGGAGUUUCCAUUUAACCUGAGUGACUUUGUGACCGUGGACGAAGUGGGAGACGUCCUUGAUCUUCCUGGCUCUUUUCCUCCUGCCGUUCCCCUGGAAACAUCCGAGGAUGCCAUCCCCACAACUGUUGCACAGGAACCUCCAGAGGAGAAACCCAAAGAGGCUAAAGAGAUCCCAGAGAAAUCUGUAACUGAGUCAGAAGAAGCCAGUGACCUGACCCCUCAGACUGCAAAUGGUUUAGUCCAGACAGACGGAACGGCCAACCUGGACCUGGAGGCCGAGGAUUCACAAGACCUAUCAUCUAAGGUAGAAACGGUUGAACCCAAAGCACCUGAGGGCGACGCCCACCCUGAGACUGGGACAGAUGCAUCAGUGCCACCUCCUCUGGACUCCACCUCGGAAGUGGAACCUCCUCCUGCAGCCUCAGCGGACUCUUCCUCACAAAGCGUGAACGAAGGUGCAGCGACUGCAGAGAGGAAAGAAGAAAAGGAGAGCAGUCCUCCUACUGAAACUCAGACUGAAAAGGAAGCUGAUGCGUUCAACGAUAAGAAGGAGCAGGAGCAGACGUCUGAAGAGGAGACGAAAGGAGCAGGAGAGCAGACGACUGAAGAGGAGAAAGGAGCAGGAGAGCAGACGACUCAAGAGGAGAAAGGAGCAGAAGAGCAGACGACUCAAGAGGAGAAGAAAGGAGCAGGAGAGCAUAUGUCUGAAGAGGAGAAGAAAGGAGCAGGAGAGCAUAUGUCUGAAGAGGAGAAGAAAGGAGUAGGAGAGCAGACAACUCAAGAGGAGAAAGGAGCAGGAGAGCAGACGACUCAAGAGGAGAAAGGAGCAGGAGAGCAGACGACUCAAGAGGAGAAAGGAGCAGGAGAGCAGACGACUCAAGAGGAGAAAAGAGCAGGAGAGCAGACGACUCAAGAGGAGAAAAGAGCAGGAGAGCAGACGACUCAAGAGGAGAAAGGAGCAGGAGAGCAUACGUCUGAAGAGGAGAAGAAAGGAGCAGAAGGCCAAUCAGAGAACACAGAAGCGGUGAAGCCAGACAACACUGAUGACAUCAUCACUAAAAAGACAACAACAGCAGAGCAGCCCCUCCCUCCUUAUGACCCGCGCCAGCCUGUUGGGAUGGAGUAUUUGAUCCCGAAGACGGGCUUCUUCUGUAAGGUGUGUUCCCGAUUCUUCACCGGAGAAAAGACCAUGGAGAUCAACCACUGCAAAACCCGGAAGCACUACGAGAGCCUGCAGAAAUUCUUGCAGACAAAAGCAUCAACUGUAAAAACGGACUGAAAAUGCUUCUGCCAAACUCCUCCUGGGGUGUCGUCUUUUCAGGCUUCGGGUCCAACAAAUUUCUUUUUAUUGUGGUUUAAUUUUCAUGUCAUAUCUUAGUUAGAAUUCUUGGAAUUGAGUCAGGUUUUUUUUAUAUGAGAAGUUCUGUGAAACGAAUGAAAAAUGAACAAUGGAUGAAAAGUCUAAAGAGCUGUGCACAAAUAAUAAAAAGCUUUUACCCAA